AAUUUGGACAGUCAAGUAUGGCUGCUAUUGUCGGUGAUGAUGGUUAUGGAUAUGGUACAUAGACUUGGGGGUGGUUUUAUGUUAAUUGUAUGAUACAUAUUAAGACUUCAUUGUUGGUAUACAGAGUAAGUAUGACUUUCUAUGAACAUAGUGGAUCCCAUGCUAUUACAGGUGUAGGUCUGGAGUAUGGAGCAAUUGAACGGUUCCUGUUCCCCUGCAUAUCACCUGCCGGAUUUAACAUGAUCCGAGUGCCCCAUGGGAGGCCCGCCGCGGGAUGCCCGAAACGGUUAACCACUCAGUGACCCGUGAGCAUCUCCAGCCAAACAUCCUUUAUAGUCGCUUCUCAUUGCUCGGUUCUUAAUAACAGCAUUGUCCCUACUGGUCUACCGAGUCGCUCACAUCAUGUCAAAUAAGAAAAUUGAGCAAUGGGAAAUCGAAAGAUACUGGGAGAUCUUCGCUUCAUUAGCAAAUGGUCAGCCCCGUCUGAACAACUCCCAGGCCGCCUCAGUGCUCAGGAACAGUCGGCUUCGGGAUGAGCAACUGGAAAAGGUCUGGGAUUUGGCCGAUGUCGAUGGUGAUGGGGAGUUGGAUUUCGAAGAGUUUUGUGUCGCUAUGCGAUUAGUAUUCGACCUGGUCAACGGUGAAUUACAAACUGUCCCAGCCGUUUUACCCGACUGGCUCGUCCCUGAAUCCAAGUCUCAUUUAGUCCAUGCAACCCGGGCGUUGAGCACUCAACCCGAACAGUUCGAACGGAUAGAGGAUGAAGAUGAUACUCCUGGACUGAAAGAUGGAUUCGAAUGGUACAUGAAGCCCGCCGACAAAUCCAAAUACGAAGAGAUAUACCAUGCCAACAGAAACCAACGUGGUGAAAUCGCAUUUCAAUCAUUACAACCACUCUACGAUUCGCUCGAUGUCCCUGACACCGAUGUCCGUUCUGCGUGGAAUUUGGUCAACCCCUCCGCAUCCCACACAAUUAAUAAGGAUGCCACCCUAGCAUUCCUGCAUAUACUGAACUACCGACACGAGGGCUUCCGCAUUCCCCGCACCGUUCCUGCUUCCCUCCGCGCCUCGUUUGAAAACAACAAGAUUGAUUAUCAGGUCGAUAAUGCCCGCCCGGCACAGAAAUGGGGCGCGGACGGAGACACAGAGACACCAACUGGUCGCAAGACUAAAUUUGGCGAUACCUACUUGAGUCGGUUGGGUGCCGGAGGAAAAUCGUCCUAUACCCCCAAGGGCACAAACUUCAACGACACUAUUCAGGAUGAGGAAUGGGAGAAGGUUCGGCUAAGGCGCGAGCUUGCGGAGCUGGAGACCAAGCUGAGUUCCGCACAAGAAGCCUCCGAAGGGCGCAGGGAUCAACCCAGGACCGAUGGCAGGACCAGCUGGGGCCUGAUCAAAAAGGAGGCACUUCAACUCCUGGAGUACAAGGAGCGUGAGCUUCGCGAACUUAGGGAAGGCACUGGAAGGUCCAAGGAAGGCCAAGACAUCGAGCGGCUCAGGGAGGAUGUGAAAGCCGUCGGCGAGCAGGUGGAUGGACUUAAAAGCCACCUUGCCAACCGGAACGAGGUACUCGCCGAUAUACGAAGACAGAUCGAAGAAGAGAAGGUGUCACGUUAGUGAUCUUUUCCUUUUCUGCUAUGUUCCCCUUUCUGAAAUACACUUUUGAGUACCUUCAACUCCCUGGUAUUGCUUGAUUUCCCUGUGAGAGGUCUUUCGUGAUCCUUUUCUUUGAUGUACAGCCAUUUCUCUGGCGAGGAGCUCAGGCGCUUAAUGGAUGUGUU